CCAAAACAAAAAAGCCACCCAUUAAUCGAUGACUGAGUGACGACUGGCUCAACAACUAUAGUCUAUAAUCAUCAAAUUUUAUUUGCAUCCAAAUUAAGUCCUGUUACAAAUUCAUUGCUGUCCCUGUAAAUCUCAGCUUAGAUAUGGAUUCUAUGAAGAUGGAGAGUGAUAAUAGUUGUUCCAAAGCAGAGGAAGCUGCUGCUAAUGGAAGAUCAGAGACAGAGACAGCAGUAGCCGCUGAGUUAAACGAGAAGAAAAUAAACAAGAAAUGGAAGAGAAAAUAUUCAUUUUUGCCAAGAAUAGGCUGCAUGAGAAUUCAGGAAGAUGAAGAAGGAAAUUUUGAUGCUUCUGUUGAUAAUAUUAAUGGAGAGCCUACUAAUCCAUAUCACCUUGUUGUUAUGGUCAAUGGCUUCAUUGGCAGUGCCAAGAACUUUAAAUUUGCAGCCGAGCAGUUCUUGAAACGGUACCCUAGAGAUAUUGUUGUUCACUGCAGCAAAACUAAUUCUGCAACAUUGACAUAUGAUGGUGUUGAUGUAAUGGGAAACAGAUUAGCUAACGAGGUUCUAUCAGUAAUAGAACGCCACCCUUCUGUUAAGAAGAUUUCUUUCAUAGGCCAUUCUUUAGGCGGGCUUGUAGCUAGAUACGCUAUUGCUAAGCUCUACGAACGAGACACGAAUAAAGAACUUUCUCAAGCAAAUGGAGACUGUAAAAAUGAUGAAUCUGUAGAGACAUGCAUGGAGGAGAAAGUCAAAAGCAGAAUCGCAGGAUUGGAGCCCAUGAAUUUCAUAACCCUUGCCACUCCACAUCUUGGCUCUCGGGGGCAUAAACAGGUUCCAAUGUUUUGUGGCUCUUAUACUUUGGAGAAAGUGGCUGGUCAUUUUUCAUGGUUUCUUGGUAGAACUGGAAAUCAUCUAUUCCUGAGAGAUGGUAGCAAUGAGAAACCUCCUCUUCUUCUUCAAAUGGUUAGAGACUCUGAAAAUCUUAAAUUUAUGUCUGCUCUGCAAUCUUUUAAGCAUCAUGUUGCCUAUGCGAAUACACGUUUUGACCACAUUGUGGGAUGGAGCACAUCAUCUAUACGCCAUCGAAAUGAGCUCCCAAAGAGACGAUAUCUUUCAAGAGAUGAGAAAUACCGACACAUCGUACACUUGAAUACAUCAAAAACUUCGACCCCUCAGCAAGAACUCCCCUUGGCUGCAAAAGUUGAUGACAUGGAAGAUGAAAUGAUCGAAGCUUUAACAAAGUUGAGCUGGGAAAGGAUUGAUGUUAAAUUUAACGGAUACAAACAAAGAUUUAUGGCUCACAAUACCAUUCUGGUAGCGAACUGUCUUUAUACUAAAGGGGCCGACGUAAUUCAACACAUGAUUGACCACUUCCGUUUAUAAAGCAGUAGCAGUUUGGUUUCAGUUUUAAUGUUGUAACUUUUCCAUAAUGCAAUUCACUUAUUUGCAUCCUCAAGAAAACUUCCAGGUGACCUCAUUGUGAAUGGACCACAGCAGAGUGGCAAUACAAGGGGCAAAAAGCAGGUUUGCCUGGAAUUAUACAUACUGAAACGGCGAUGGAUUUUGUAGAGUUGGCACCAACUGAUUAAAAAAAGAGUGCAGCUUAGUUAUUCCAAUUCUGGGCUAUUUUUCACGUGUAAAGAUCAUGUAUAAUGUAUGUAACCCAUAUUAGUAAUAUUUUGUGAAUUCUGUUAUUGUACUGGCUCAUUUGUAUCCCCUCAGAUUGUGUUUUUUCCUUUGUUUUUGGCUUCUAUGUAAACCAUUUUUGAGAACUUUCUGUUUAGUUGAUGAGAAUGCUCCACAAAA